GUGCAGGCACCGCAGCCGGAGUAGUUAGCCCAUCCUAGGAGCGCACAACAACGCCCACCAUGCAGUCCGCCGACGAGCCCGUGUCCGGUCCGGCCGUGAGCAGUACGGCGGCAACACGACCGGGAGAGGCCGCAGCUGAGGACGGCGGCAAGAGCCCGGUGUCGCCGUCGAUGGAGGACGAGCGCCAGAUCCCCGUGGACCCAGUCUCGCUGCGGCACCUGGGCAUGGUGGCCGACCCGGACUCGCCGCUCUCCGCGCCGUCCGUGCUCACAGAGGUGGUCGCGCAGUCGUCCCCGCUCCUGCCGCCGCUGCGCCGGCCCACGUUCGUCGGCGCCAGCCUGCCGUGCUCCGCGACCUCCUCCCCCGUCCACAGCGCCACGGCCAAGCGGGACGAGCCCGCCGCGCCCAGCCUCGCCACGGUCAUCGCCCUGCGCUCCCUCGCGCGGCAGCACUCCGCCGCGCUGGCCAGCUACGCCGGCUCGCCGUCCGCGGCUCCCACCACGCUCUCGAGGAGCGCGUCCCGCGCCGAGGGGAGGUCCAUGGCGCCGCACGACGACGAGGUCCCCUACGUCGAGGCCGCCGACGAGGCCGAGCAAAGCUUCACGUGCGGCGUGCUGUGCAUGUUCAUCCCGGGCUUCGCCAAGAAGAAGCCUGGAUCGCCCUCCGCGGCGGCCGUCGUGUCGAGCAUACAGAGGCAGCAUUCGGGGGCGAGGCGGCGGAGCAGCGUGUCGCGGAUGGCGGAGCUGGAGAGGUUCGAGUGCGGGUCGUGGAGCCCGCCACCGCCGCCGCAUCCGGUGAGGGUCGUGCCGACGCACGUCGACAUGGACUUCGCGAUGGAGGUGCCCAAGAUCAGCUGCGCGGACGACACGGACCUGCCGGUCAAGAUGGCGUUCGUGUUCGAGGGCGAGGCGAGGGGGGUCCUGAAGAAGUCGGCAUCGGAGUCGCGCCGGCAGGAGCCAGCUACGCCCACCAAGACGGCGUCCGCGUUCGACGGCGAGCCGAGGGGGAUCCUGAAGAAGUCGGCGUCGGCGUCGCAGCGGCAGGACUCGGCCCCCAGGACGUCGUCCGCGUCGCAGCGGCACGUGAGGUUCUCGACGGCCGCGGCGCCUCCGGCGUCGUGCCCGACGUCGCCGUGCAUCACGCCGCGGCUGGCGAUGGCCAGGGCCGAGUUCAACGCCUUCUUGGAGGCGCAGAGCGCGUAGAUAAUUCGUCAUGCACGGUGCAUGCCUGUUCUUUUUUCUUGGAUUUGCUUCGUGCUUGUUCGCGAGUGGCAGCGCUGCCGCUGCGCGCGCGGGAUUGCUAGAUGCCUAGGUUUUGUUUUUCGGGCGUGUUCGAUUGUCCGUAUCUCUGGGGUUUUACGAUGGAUUGAGGAGACCAAUUCCCGAACCGGGGGCUAGACGAGGAGAACCUUAUUUUAUCUUUUAGGAGCCCCGCCGCAUCGCCUUCCUAAGCAGGACAAAAACAUUGAUCAUACUAGAAAAACACCUAAAAUUGAAGCAUGAGUCCAUGCACCAAAAUUGCUUUUCUCAAAUGUCAAAAAAUCCGGAAUCUUUUUAGAUUUGUUCAUGGUCACAUUCAAAUCUACUUCCAAAUUUUUAGGUGAAAAGCUUUUACCAUUUUCAUCUGUGCAAAAAAUACAAGUUGAACUCCAAAUGUCACACCUAAAUUGUUGUUUUACCGGUGAAGGAGUGUUAUCCUGUUUCACAUGAAAAUUAUCAAGCACACUUGUUACACUAAGGAGAACAUCUAC